CUGGCGGGGGGGCGGGACUUCUUCGUUGCCGUGGCGGCGGCGGCGGGGCUGGUGAGGCAGCGGCGGCGGCAGGUGGGCAGCGGCGGCGGCGGCGGGGUUUCGGCGGCUUCUCAUGGGGAUUGAGCCGGGCCCUGGGGGGCUCUGGAGGCGCCGCCGCGCCCGGAAGGAUAAAGCUACAUGACUUGCUGAAAAGAGAGAAGAUGCUAUGCUGGGGAUACUCAUCUUUUGGACAGCCUGGGAUAGGUAGCAACUUCCAGGUCAUCAUUCCUGAACCGCAGGUGUAUGGAUUCAUUCAUGACAGAAAUGUCAAGGAGGUGGCCUGUGGAGGAAACCAUUCUAUCUUCCUGCUGGAAGAUGGGGAAGUGUAUACCUGCGGCUUGAACACCAAAGGCCAACUGGGGCAUGAGAGUGAAGGAAGCAAGCCAGAACAAAUUGGAGCACUGGCAGGGCAGCACAUCGUGCACGUGGCCUGUGGAGAGUCUCACAGUGUGGCACUCAGCGACCAGGGCCAGCUCUUCUCCUGGGGCGCGGGCAGCGAUGGACAGUUGGGCCUCACUACUAUAGAAGAUGCAGUGACAGUACCAAGGUUGAUAAAGAAAUUGAACCAACAGACGAUACUGCAGGUUUCCUGUGGAAAUUGGCAUUGCCUGGCUUUGGCAGCAGAUGGCCAGUUCUUCACAUGGGGGCAGAACAGCUAUGGUCAGCUGGGCUUGGGUAAAGAAUGUCCCUCCCAAGCCAGCCCACAACGUGUCAAAUCUCUUGAUGGGAUCCCUUUGGCUCAGGUUGCUGCAGGCGGAGCCCACAGCUUCGCCCUGUCUCUCUCAGGAGCAGUGUUUGGCUGGGGGAAGAACAGCUCAGGGCAGCUGGGAUUAAGUGAUGAACGAGACCGAGAAUCUCCUUGCCAUGUGAAGCUGUUGCGGUCUCAGAAGGUUGUUUACAUCAGCUGUGGAGAAGAACAUACAGCAGUUCUGACAAAGAGUGGAGGGGUGUUCACGUUCGGUGCAGGUUCCUGUGGGCAGCUGGGACAUGACUCCAUGAAUGACGAAGUGAACCCCCGAAGAGUUCUCGAGCUAAUGGGCAGCGAAGUAUCCCAGAUCGCUUGUGGCAGACAUCACACUUUAGCCUUUGUGCCUUCUUCAGGAAUGAUCUAUGCAUUUGGCUGUGGAACAAGAGGCCAGCUAGGAACUGGGCACACGUGCAAUGUUAAGUGUCCCUCUCCGGUGAAGGGUCACUGGGCAGCUCACAAUGGGCAACUCUCAGGGAAACCUGAUGCUUGUAAAUAUCACAUUGUUAAACAUAUCUUCUCUGGAGGAGACCAAACAUUUGUGCUUUGCUCCAAAUAUGAGAAUUCCUUGCCUGCCGAUGAUUUCCGGACCAUAAAUGAAGCACGUUACACCUGUAUAAUAAAUGAUGAAACUAUAGAUGUCUGGAGGCAAAAGCUUUUAGAAAAGAACAGUUCUAAUUCUGUCAAUAAUGUAGUUCAGAUAGUGUCCUCGGCUGCCUGCUGGAAUGGAAGCUUCCUGGAGAAGAAAAUUGAUGAACAUUUUAAGACCAGUCCGAAGAUCCCGGGGAUUGAUUUGAACUCCACCAGAGUGUUGUUUGAGAAGCUGAUGAACUCUCAGCACUCCAUUCUCCUAGACCAGAUAUUAAAGAGCUUUGAAAGCUUUUUGAUUCCUCAGCUGUCCAGCUCACCACCAGAUGUUGAGGCGAUGAGGAUCUAUUUGAUUCUACCGGAAUUCCCACUCUUCCAAGACUCAAAGUAUUAUAUAACAUUAACACUUCCUCUAGCAAUGGCUAUUCUGCGCCUUGAUACCAACCCCAGCAAAGUUCUUGAUAACUGGUGGUCUCAAGUGUGCCCAAGGUAUUUCCUGAGGCUAGUGGACCUCUAUAAAGGGGCAGUGGUAUACCUCCUCAGUGGAAGAAAGACACUGUUGAUCCCAGUCCUGUUCAGUAGCUAUAUUACAGCUGCUCUCAGACUUCUGGAGAAACUCCACAAGGUAAAUCAAAAGGUUAAACACGUAGAAUAUGAUAAGUUUUAUAUCCCUGAGAUUUCCAGCUUGGUGGACAUUCAGGAGGAUUAUCUCAUGUGGUUCUUGCAUCAGGCUGGAAUGAAAGUAAGACCUUCUAUCAUGCAGGAUGCUGUGACACUCUGUUCUUAUCCUUUCAUCUUCGAUGCUCAGGCCAAGACCAAGAUGUUACAGACAGAUGCUGAACUACAGAUGCAGGUGGCAAUAAAUGGUGCAAAUUUGCAGAAUGUCUUCAUGCUUCUCACCCUGGAGCCUCUGCUGGUCAGAAGCCCUUUCUUGGUACUUCAUGUCCGCAGGAGUAACUUGGUCGGUGAUGCUUUGAGGGAGUUGAGCAUCCAUUCAGACAUUGAUUUGAAAAAGCCUCUUAAAGUCAUCUUUGAUGGUGAGGAAGCUGUUGACGCUGGAGGGGUGACAAAGGAAUUUUUCCUCCUAUUACUAAAAGAACUGCUCAACCCCAUCUAUGGCAUGUUCACUUACUACCCAGAGUCAAACCUGCUGUGGUUUUCAGACACGUGUUUUGUAGAACACAACUGGUUUCACUUGAUUGGCAUCAUAUGCGGUCUUGCAAUAUACAACUUCACCGUGGUAGACCUGCACUUUCCCUUGGCUCUGUACAAAAAGCUCUUGAAUGUGAAGCCGUGCCUAGAGGAUUUGAAGGAGCUGUCCCCUACAGAAGGAAGGAGUCUUCAGCAGCUUUUAGAUUACCCUGGGGAAGAUGUAGAAGAGACAUUCUGCUUGAAUUUUACAAUCUGUCGGGAAAGCUAUGGUGUGACAGAGCAGAAGAACCUGAUUGAAGAUGGAGACAAAAUUCUGGUGCAGAAGGAUAAUAAGGAAGAAUUUGUUGAAGCCUAUGUGAAUUACAUCUUCAACCUGUCCAUCCACGAGUGGUACACGGCCUUUUCCUCUGGCUUCCUGAAAGUGUGUGGUGGGAAAGUCCUGGAACUCUUCCAGCCCACAGAGCUCAGGGCCAUGAUAGUUGGAAACAGUAACUACAACUGGGAGGAACUGGAGGAGAGUGCUGUCUAUAAAGGAGACUACACUGCGACCCACCCAACUGUGAGAAUGUUUUGGGAAACCUUUCAUGCAUUUCCCUUGGAAAAGAAGAAGAAAUUUCUCUUGUUUCUGACGGGCAGCGACCGCAUCCCCAUCUACGGCAUGUCGAGCCUGCGCAUCGUGAUCCAGUCCACUGCCAGCGGUGAGCAGUACCUGCCCGUGGCUCACACCUGCUACAACCUUCUGGACCUGCCCCAGUACAGCAGCAAGGAGGUCCUCAGCGCCCGGCUCAUCCAAGCCAUCGAUCACUAUGAGGGCUUUAGCUUAGCUUGACCGGUAGGGAAGAGACACAGACGCUUGGGUACCGAGGAAAGAAACAGUGGGGUUGGCUUUAUUUUUGUAAGGGAAUGGAUCAGAACGUUUUGGGGAAAAAUAUAAUUAAUAGUAAUAAUAGAUACAGAUGAUGCAGAAUCUCAGCCUGAUGCUGUCAGCAUUUUCUGGGAUUUCAGCAGGGAGAGACUAUUCCUUUGAAUUUUUUCUAAUCCACUGAAGGAAAUCAGUUCAGUGGGAUUUUUUGUUGUUUCCUUUCUCACUUUGCACCACUGCCCUCCCAGCAACUCCUUGUAGUUUGCUUUUACUGCCCCUGCCCACACAGACUUACCUCUCCUUUUAGUCCAGUUUAAAUAUGUUGAUGUUUUUUGCAUUUUAGGCUAUGGUGGAAAUUCAGGAUGAAAUAGUAAUCUUCUUUUUGAAAAGCUGUGAUUUUUCCCUACCCUUUUUCCCUCCCUUUUUAAUGCAAGCUGGUUCUUGCUUGCUUUGAAUGGGUAUGUCCCCUCUGCCCCUCGGUCCGGGCAGGCGGGUACUGGGCUGGGGUGUCAUUUGUGACCUCCCAGUACAGUGUAUUUGUUAUGGUACAUGCUCUGCCUUCUUGCACCAGGCUGUCUCACGGUGAGUACAGUGGUUUGUGGGGUUGGCUUGUUUUUCUUCUUUUGUCUCAAAUUUUGUUCCCAAGCAAUGUCUUCUUAAAAAAGCCUCAGACUCCUCUGGAGCGGGGGUUGUGUUCAGGCUUUUGGAAGAACAAACCGUACCUAUAAUAAUGGGUUUCUCAAAUUGCAUCUCUCUUGUAUUGUGUUUCUAUGUUGGUAAGUCUACAAGAUAGACAGGGUGGGCUUAACUGGGCCCUGUUUUUCCAUCUGAGCAGACGUGUUGUUCCAAUACAAGGUGGGGUGGCUGCUUUUACUGCUGCUGCCUUUUUCCAGAAGUCGUGCGUGCGUGUGCGUGUGUGUGUGCGUGUGUGUGUGUGCGUGUGUGUGUGUGUUUGCAAGCUCUCCAAUCUCAUGAGGUCAGAGAAGAAGAAAUAAGCAUGAAACCUACGUUCAUGUAUUAACCCUCUCUUUGGAGAUUGGUUUUAUUUUUCAAGUUGGGAUUAUUUUCUGGGGUUUAAGCUGUUUGAGAGAAGCCCUUUCACUUGUCAGCUAUUUUGCCCAGUAAGUGCUGGGGGCCCCUAAAGGACAAUCUGUAUGAAUUAGGUUGGAAAUGUACAUUAAGAGUUGAGUAGGCAAAAGCAUGAACUAAAUAUAUUCUACAAGAUAAGAGAGCCUUUAUCCUCUUCACCCCAAUCCCAUCCCUCAUUAAAUGAAGUUUGAAUGAUCCCCCAUUUUUCAAGUCUUGGUGUAAAUCUCAUUUUAAGCCUAUGGUGGUUUUGGAAUGGACUUGUUAUUACGACAUACAGUAUUUAUGCACCAUGUUCAAUAUAUAAUAUUGAACUUUGCACCUCGUAACAAAAGGUUUUCAGCUUCUGGGUUUUUUUUUUUUUAAAGACAAGCUGGUGGCUACACUGAGAGCCCUCCAGCCUCUUUAUAAUGCAGCAUUAAAGACAAAUAUACAAUUA